AUGGCUGGCAGUGGGUCCAGAUCAGGACCAUCCAGUGGGUUGUCCAUGAAAUCACAGCUUCAGAUUACUGUUAUUUCAGCAAAACUAAAAGAAAAAAAUAAAUGGUUUGGACCUAGCCCUUACGUGGAGGUCUCAGUGGAUGGGCAAUCAAAGAAGACAGAAAAAUGCAACAAUACAAAUAGUCCAAAGUGGAAACAGCAUCUCACAGUAAUUGUCACUCCUGUAAGUAAAUUAAACUUCAGAGUCUGGAGCCAUCAAACAUUAAAAUCUGAUGUCCUUCUGGGAAGUGCUGCUCUGGAUAUUCAUGAGACUUUGAAAUCAAACAGCAUGAAACUUGAGCAGGUAGUAGUGACGUUGCAUCUUGUUGGUGACAGAGAACCAGCAGAAGUGGUAGGAGAUUUAUCUGUCUGUCUAGACGGGAUGCAGGUGGAUCCUGAGCUCCUAACCAACGGCGAUGCCUCAACUACAAGAAGUCCCACACAGAAUGAUAGCUCCAAAGUACGGAAUGAUACACGGACUAACUCCAACAGCCUCGAAAGCUCUGAAGAUGCUAUUGCCAAUGAAAACAAGACUGUUAAUGGCAGUGAUUCUCCAUUGCUCACAAAUGGGAACUGCAAGCCUGCUAGACCUCCCAGGCCUUCUAGACCACCUCCACCCACUCCCCGCAGACCCCCUUCAGUAGCAGCAAGUGUCAAUGGUCCUUCAUCCACAUCCACGGAGAAUGAAGGGGCCAGUGCAGGCUCACUGGCAGGGACAGCUGCAAAUACAUCUUCAGAACAGAGCCCUGAGGGGGCAGCAGCUGCAACAACAGCAGCUGCAACAACAGCUCCUGCAACUCCUGCACUCACCACACCUCCAGUAUCAAGACAAGUCCAACCAGUAAAUCCUCCACCUCAGGCACUUACUACAGUCAGUCAAGGUCCUCUUCCACCUGGUUGGGAGCAAAGAGUAGACCAACAUGGACGAGUCUACUAUGUGGAUCACGUGGAAAAAAGGACAACGUGGGAUCGGCCAGAACCUCUUCCUCCAAGCUGGGAGCGACGAGUGGACAACAUGGGGAGGAUUUAUUAUGUUGACCACUUCACUAGAACAACGACGUGGCAGAGACCAACCCUGGAGUCUGUCCGGAAUUAUGAGCAGUGGCAGCUUCAGCGCAGCCAGCUGCAAGGAGCUAUGCAGCAGUUCAAUCAGAGAUUUAUCUAUGGGAACCAGGACUUCUCAUCUGCACAGAACAAAGAGUUUGAUCCUCUUGGCCCUCUGCCACAUGGAUGGGAAAAGAGAACUGACAGCAAUGGCAGAGUGUAUUUUGUCAAUCACAACACACGAAUCACUCAGUGGGAAGAUCCCAGGAGUCAGGGCCAAUUAAAUGAGAAACCCUUGCCAGAGGGCUGGGAAAUGAGAUUUACUGUGGAUGGCAUUCCUUAUUUUGUGGAUCACAACAGAAGAACCACUACCUACAUCGAUCCCCGCACGGGCAAGUCUGCUCUAGACAAUGGGCCCCAGAUAGCUUACGUGCGUGACUUCAAGGCCAAGGUCCAUUAUUUCAGAUUCUGGUGUCAGCAACUGGCAAUGCCACAACACAUAAAGAUCACAGUGAGCAGAAAAACAUUAUUUGAGGACUCCUUCCAACAGAUAAUGAGCUUCAGCCCCCAGGAUCUACGGAGACGUUUGUGGGUUAUUUUCCCUGGUGAAGAAGGCUUAGAUUAUGGAGGUGUUGCAAGGGAAUGGUUCUUUCUAUUAUCACAUGAAGUUUUGAACCCAAUGUAUUGCCUGUUUGAAUAUGCAGGGAAAGAUAACUACUGCUUACAGAUAAACCCAGCCUCUUACAUUAACCCAGACCAUUUGAAAUACUUCCGAUUUAUUGGGAGAUUCAUUGCCAUGGCAUUGUUCCAUGGGAAAUUCAUUGACACUGGUUUCUCUUUGCCCUUCUAUAAACGGAUCCUGAACAAGCCAGUGGGACUCAAGGAUUUAGAAUCUGUUGACCCAGAAUUUUACAACUCUCUCAUCUGGGUAAAAGAGAAUGACAUUGAAGAAUGUGGCUUGGAAAUGUUUUUCUCAGUUGAUAAAGAAAUUCUGGGUGAAAUCAAAAGCCAUGAUUUGAAGCCAAAUGGUAGCAACAUACUAGUCACAGAAGAAAACAAAGAGGAAUACAUCAGGCUGGUAGCAGAAUGGAGACUUUCCCGAGGUGUUGAGGAGCAGACACAGGCUUUCUUUGAAGGCUUCAAUGAAAUUCUGCCACAGCAGUAUUUGCAGUAUUUUGAUGCUAAGGAACUGGAGGUGCUUCUGUGUGGAAUGCAAGAAAUUGACUUGAAUGACUGGCAGAGGCACACCAUCUACAGGCACUACACCAGGACCAGCAGACAGAUUGUGUGGUUCUGGCAGUUUGUGAAAGAAAUAGACAAUGAGAAGAGAAUGAGACUCUUGCAGUUUGUUACUGGAACAUGCAGAUUGCCAGUGGGAGGAUUUGCUGACCUCAUGGGGAGCAAUGGACCCCAAAAAUUCUGUAUUGAAAAAGUUGGGAAGGAAAACUGGUUACCUAGAAGUCAUACCUGUUUCAAUCGCUUAGACCUUCCACCCUAUAAGAAUUAUGAGCAGCUGAAGGAGAAGCUGCUGUUUGCAAUUGAGGAAACAGAAGGAUUUGGGCAAGAGUAGCUGGAAUUUGCACCAUGAAGAAUGUGAACUCCACACGACCCACGUUCUUCACUCCUGCUUGUUGCACACUUCAUUGUAAAGUAGACUUGACUUGGAUUUAUUUAACAGUACUAAUGUGUAAGUGAAUGGAUGUAAUCCUGAGGCUUUCUCCAAAUUAACUCUGGAUUCCUACUGAGCACUUUUCAGAAAUCAAAUGAGCAAUCAGAUGUGGCUACAAAUGACUUACUACGACCUAAGUAGAGGUUUAAUACAGCUUUGGGCUCUGCUUUGUUGUACCAUUCAUUAAUUAGAAUGUGUCCUUUAAUGACUGACAGGUUUUUAACAAUAGUUUUGUCUUUCCUUUUUAGUAGCAUUUUUUGCUACUGAUGCACUGGGAAGUUCAUUGGUAGCUGCAAUGCUGCAGCAGCAUCCUCAGCCUCUUUGCAGCAGUUAGUACAGCCAGCUUGUCACCAUCCUCUCUGGACUGUGAGCAAAUCCAUUCUGUAAGCUCUUUUUACCUACUCAAGUGUGGCCAGACUGUUUUUUUGUUGUUGUGUACCCCCACCCAGAGUCUGCUCACAUGCCAGCUGGACUCAAGCUGCUGUUAAGGGGAUGUCAAACUGUGGCACAAAUCCAGGGCAUAGCUUUGCUUUGUUUGGUUUGGGGUUGUGUUGGUUUUGGGUUUGUGUGUUUUGUUUUGUUUCGUUUUUUUUCCCCAAUCCUGCUAAUUUCAGCAAAACAAAGACCCAAUCCAAAGUUACUGGAACAUUGCUGUAUGCUCUCAGAAGAAUUCUGAGCUUUUUUUCCUGUGUCACUCAUGUAACUUUUACAUCAGUACUAACACUGUGGUACUUCACUUGUUCUGCAAAAGCCAAGGCCAGCUGGGAUUGCAGUGCCUCCAGUUGGUUCCUGGUUUACAGACUGGUGUUCCUCGUCAGCAGUGUCAGUGGACAUUCUUCUCAGUGUUACUAUUCUUACAUGUUGCAGUCACUUUGCUCUGAAGACUUUUCUUGGGCUCUCAGGAAAGAGGUACAAACCCCAACUGGAUUCAGACAAAAUGAUAAGACUUUUAUCACUUCCAUUGCUGAGAGAUGAUACUGGCUGAGGCUCUAAGGAUUAGAAAACUCAGACAUGGAUUCCAGCUGUUGUUAACAGCUGAAACAUCAGUAAAGAGUUCUGUAAAGACUGAAACUAAAGUUCUGGGGGGGAGGUUUCUAACCUAAUUCAUCCUAAGCUGCUUGUAGCUAAGUAACUUUUGUAGUGAGUUCCUAUUGGAUUAAGAACAUUUUUACUUAAUUUUAGAAUCAAUUCUCUUCUGGUUUACAGUAACAUUUUUUGCAUUUUACUGCUCCUUUAGACUGAAUGCACUUUCUGGGUAUGGUCAGCUCUUCCCCUUGGCUGAAGGGAGGAAAAGCAAACGUCAAUGAGAUGAGCUGUUAGCCAUAGUGAGAGAGGUGACACUUGAAGUAGCAUGUAGCACACAGCUAAAACAUAACUGCAGCUCAGAGCUUUGGGAUAGGAGCUCUUUGUAAGAGGCUUCUAGUUAAGGGAGCUGAAAAAGGACAGUGAGAAACUGUACAACUGAACUUCCAGGCUUGAAAAGGAUAUUUCUUACUUGCUGUCCCUUCUGUCUGGACUGUAAGAUGGGGGGAAAAACAGAUUCAGGCCUGAGAACCACCAAAACAGAGGUUUUUAAACUGAUUUCAAUAAUUUUUCGGGUCAUACCAAGUGAUAUGAGCUGAUUGGAAGGCAGCAUGGUUAGACCUCAGUGUGGCCAGCUCUUUUCAUGUGCAUACUCUUAAGACAGGCAUGGAAAAGAGUUUCUGAUGGUAUAGAAACCACUCUCUUACAGCUGCAUUGGUGGUGAGAACCAACCUGACUUCAUGGCUUUACUAAGAGGAAAAUCUGCCAACUUCAAACCAUUUGAUGGCUAUGUUACAGCUCAUGAGGAGAAAAACAAAACAACAAAGAAAAAGCCUUAUAAAUAUUUUCUGUUUAUGUUAAUUCUUACAAUGAAGAGUAGUUACCUAACAUAUUUACAAAGAGAGAUUAAAUUAAGCAAGAUAAUGCAAAGAGUUAAGCUCUGAAAAAAAAAAAAAGCAAGCAUAGUCUGUGUGUUCUGCAUAAUGCUUUAUGAUUCAUGUAGGAAAACCUAGGAAUAUUGUUCAUGUAUAAAUACCACCCAAAAGGCUUUCAGCCCUAUAUUUUUAAAGAUAAAGAAUAGUUAUAAUUGAAAUAGCCUUAGCCCUAGUUCUAUAGGGUAUGGCUCUUUAAUAUUUUUAUGGUUGAAAUGUUUAGUUCAGGAAAAACAAACGAAAAAAGGUAAAAAAAGUCAAAUGCUUGUAUAUAUUUUUGCAGUCCAGGAUUCCACUUCUUCCUUUUAUUUUUCUUUCUUUUAAUUUAAAUGGCAUGUUUCUAUGUCUCUCCUGCUGUAUUAGGAUGGAGGGGGUGGGAGGAAGAAAAGGGGGCUGGAUAUCCCAAAGUACCAGACAUGGUUUGAAAAUAUUACAAAGAAAGAAUUCAUUGGAACUGGGGGGAGGAAGGAGGGAGGAGAAAUAAUCUGUGAAACCUUGGAUUUGGCCAAACUGUUAACAAAUGACUUGGUUAAAUUGGCAAUGUUUGUGAAGGCAGAGGUUAAGGUUCCUUAGACCUUUGUCAGCUAGCAAAUCUGUUCAUUUUUUUUACAGCAUGUUGUGUAGAAAUAAAAGGAAUUAAUAGAAGCCAUUGGUGCACUUUGCUGUUCUUUAUAUGGGGAUCUGGUGAAGAUGUAGAUGAGCUCCAAGCAUCAAGGAUCCCAGCUAUCAGGAUUUAGCAAUUGGCCUUAGGAGUAACAUUUUCAGCAGAGGUUAAUGAAUUUGCCCCCCACAACUUCCAACUGGUGUAGAGCAGCCUGAGCUGCACAAAUCCACAGCAUGUCACAAGUCUCUUGAUGUCCAGCUCUCAACUCAUCCUAAUUUUCAACUACUCAACUUUUCUUUAGGAUUUCUUUUUGCCUUAUGAGAUGAGCAAAUGAAAUGCUGAGCUGCUGAUCUAAGAAUUAACAAAGCCUUAUUCUGGAUAGCUCAGGAAAUGUGAAUAUCCUAAUGACAUGCACGGGGAAUGCAGCAUGUCCUCAUCCAACCUGCUGUGG